AAACUGUCGCCCCCUUCGCCUUCCUCUCUCCUUCCUCCUUUCCCUCUCCCUCUCUCUCUCUCCCCCUCUCGUCAACGCUAUCAUCACAUUCUCUCUCUCUCUCUCUCCGCCGAUUGCAGAGAGCCGCCGAGCCGAAGAAGCAUGACCAGCUCCUCCGCCAACUCUCGCAAGGCUCUGAGUAAGAUUGCUUCCAAUCGGCUCCAGAAGGAGCUUGUGGAGUGGCAGGUCAAUCCUCCCUCGGGCUUCAAGCACAAGGUCACCGACAAUCUCCAGAGAUGGGUCAUUGAAGUAAAUGGAGCUCCAGGGACUCUUUAUGCCAAUGAAACCUACCAGCUUCAGGUUGACUUCCCUGAGCAUUACCCCAUGGAAGCUCCACAGGUUAUAUUUCUGCAUCCAGCACCUAUGCAUCCUCAUAUUUAUAGCAAUGGGCACAUUUGCUUAGAUAUCUUAUAUGAUUCUUGGUCACCUGCCAUGACCGUCAGUUCUAUCUGUAUCAGCAUUCUAUCUAUGCUUUCAAGCUCCACUGUUAAGCAACGCCCGGAAGACAACGACCGCUACGUGAAGAACUGUAGGAAUGGAAGGUCUCCGAAGGAGACGAGGUGGUGGUUUCACGACGACAAAGUGUAAAAACAAACACCGGGUUUGUCUUCCUCCUUUUCACGAUUAGUUGCUCAAGAAAAAUUAGGGUUUAGAGGCUUCCCCAGAAAGAAGGGAGAAAGCAAACUUGAGACUGGAAAAGAACCGGAGUUGGGGAGAGUCAUCUCCUCUCGAAUAACCUUAUUGUAAAGUGGCAGUUCUGUGUGUGGCAUUUGUAAAGGAGAGAGGAAGAAUUGGUGAUUAAGGUGGUGGUGGUGUGUUCUUCUUCUCUUUACUUUUGACUUGUAUUUGUACAAGAAUACGACACUGGGGUCUCUCUCUGUCUCUACGUCUUUCGAAAGAGAUGUUUUAUUUUGUCAGAGCAGUGGUGAUGGGUAACAUACUGCCUCUGGGAUUCACCAUCUUCCUCUGAUAUGCUCCCCUUAAACUUUUAUCUCUCUGGUCCUAAAUUAUAACGGAAUAUAUAUACUAUUUACUCUUC